UACCAUUAUUAUUAUUAUUACUAUUUACAUGAUCUUGUUUACAUGUCUUAAUAUUACCUAUUUUAUUAUUCUUUUCUUUUAGUAGCUAUGACGAACUACAAAUAAAUAAUCAAUAAAAUAUAAUGAAAAUUAAACAUUUCAAUAAACAAUUCAGUUUAAAAUCUAUUAAUACAACAGGAAAUAUUGAUAGAAUUGAAUUUACCUCAAUGUAUUCUGGACCACCAUUUGCUAUGGCUAGUAGACAAAUUGAAAAUGGUUUAUUAGAUUGUAAAGAAUUAUUAGAUUCAAAAAUGUUUUAUAAUAUAACCAAUUCAAUAAAUAAUAAUUGUGGUACUACUCCUACUACUACUACUACUAAUAAUAAUAGUAGUAAUAGUAAUAAUAAUAAAAGUUAUCUAUCAUCUGGAAGUAAAUAUGAAUGUUACCAUCCACUUAUAUCAUCUAAUGAAGAACAAGUUUAUAAUGAUAAUAAUAAUAAUUUAAAAUCUUUACCAAAACGUAAAUUAUUAACAAAACAAUAUAAAACAAUCGAUGUAUUAAUGAAACCUUCUAUAAAUGAUGAAUUAACAUCCAUUAAAACAUCGAAUAAAUCUGUAGCAUUUAUUGAAUGUGGAAAUUAUAAAUUAGAUACUAUAGAUAAUGUAUAUCAUGAACCUGAAUAUAUACAAAUGAAAACUAAAAUGAAAUCAAUCUUUGACAAUUUAUUACAUAAUAGAUUGUAUUCAUGUUGUAAAUCAAAUAUGAAGUCUAAUUUAUGUGCAAAUUUAUCUGAUUAUAUACAUGCAAAUAAUAGACGUAAACAAAUGAUCAUAGUGAUCAUUGUAUUAUCGAUUUUAUUAUUGAUUAUUAUUAUUAUUACUAUGAUAAUAUUGUAUAAAUUAUAUAAUGAAUCAUCAAUCACUUCAUAUACAUUGCCGAUAUCAACAUCAUCAUCAACAUCAUCAUUAUCACCAUUACGAUUAUCAUCUGAGUUAUUCAAUCUAGAACCAUUACAGUCUACAUUGUCUACAUCAUUAAAACGAAUACCAAAUUUUAACAAACAACUUAAUACAUCUAAGGUUUCACCGACUAAUCCCAUUGAAACUAAUAAUAAUAAUAAUAUUAGCAGUCAUGAUAACAGUAGUAAUAAUAGUAGUAUAGAUCAAAAAUGUAAAAUACAAAAAUUUUGUUUAAAUAUUAGUUGUUUACAAAUUGCUUCAAUUUUAGCUGAACGUUUAGGACGAUAUAAUCGACCGAAAAUUAUCAUAAAUCUAUUAAAUAAUCAAUGUUCAAUGGAAGAUAUUGAUGAAAUUAUUAAAAUAUUUUAUAUUGGUGAUGAAUUUCACUUAGCAACUCAUGAAAAUAGUUUAUAUAAAUUUAAACAAAAACGUUUAUCCACAUUAUGGUCAUAUGUUAUGAAUGAAUUACAAGGAUAUAUUAUAGAAGAUAAAAAACGUCCAUUGUUUCUAUGGAUAGAAAAAUUAGCUUAUCUAUUUCAACAUUUAAUUGAUCAGCAUAUAUAUAAGAAGAAUAUAACAAAUAUAACUACGACAAAUACUACAACUAUGACGGUUAAUAGUACUAAUGAUCAUAGAAGUACCAAUGUAGAUCAUAGUGACCAUAAAACGUUCAGGCAUAAUAAGGAUAAAGAUAUUGAUCAUGAUAAUUUAUUAUUUAAAUCAUCCAAUAAUAAUAAUAAUAAUAAUGAUCAAAAGAAACAAUCAAUAAUUCAUGGAAAUUCCAGUGUAAUCUAUCAUCCCAUUCAAUUGAAUAAAACUAGAUUAAUUCAACCUAUUUUAACUAAUAAUGAAGUAUAUUCAUCAUUUAUAAGUUCAACAAUGAAAAUGAUUCAACCAAAUGAAUUAGAAACAACAAUUAAUAUGUCAUAUAAAACAGAAUUAGAACAAUUAAAUGAUUUAUUACAAUUAGGGAAUAUUGCAUUUCAUGGAUUAGACAAUGUUCUUAUCAAUGUACAACUAAAUUUACGUGUACCAUUAUUCUUUUCUGCAUGGAUAGAACGUUCUCAUACUCCUGGUUUAAUGGACUCACUUAUACCAAUGUUGGAUAAUUGUGAACAACCAGAAUUACCAACAUAUGAAGAGUUGGAAAAUUAUAUUAAAGAUAAAUCGAAAUCUUUUGUAACUUCUUCAUCGUCAAGAUUAUUCAAUACAUCACCUCUGGAUAACUUAGCAUCAUCAUCAUCAUCGUCGUCGUCGUCAACACCGUUUCUAUGGAAUCGUGUUCAUGAAUUACAUAACUACAUUCAUCAUCUUGGUAAAUUAGCUUGGAAAGCAAGAUAUUCAAAUAUUCCGGACAAAUAUCUUUCUGAUGGAUCAUCUAAAUAUCUAAACUUUUCUGGAGUUCUACCUGUUUUAUAUAAACUUCAAAAGAUCAACUUUCCACGUUAUCUGGGUAAAUUAACUUCACGGAAUCAUUUAACUAUAAUGCCUAGAGAUAUGCAAGUAUGGGUUACUAAUAUUGACUAUUAUGAUAAAUUGGGUCGAGUGUUACAACAAACAUCGUUUAGCGAGUUACAAGACUACAUUACAUUUGCAAUACUUCACAAAUAUGGAGGAUACGUUGAUCAAGAAACUGCACAAUUAAAGAAUAAAUUUCUAAAACCAUAUGCAGAAAGCCUUGGAAUUGAUCAAGUUUCUUAUUGGCCAUUUUUGUUAGAUUUAGCUUCACCAGGAUUACAACAAAUUCUUCAAAGUCAAUGGAGUUCCAUUCAACUCAGUCAUGGAAUUAAACAAUUUCAGAAUGAAAUUUUAACUCCAGUACAAUCGAUAAUCAUUAAGUUGUUAAAUAGAUCAAUGCCUGGAACAACAAAAUGUUAUCAGUUAUUAAAUAAGAUAAGUAGUAUGAAAAUUCAACUCAUGUCAUACAAUGGUCAUGAUUCGAUGGGAGAUUUUUAUUCUGAGUUAAAAAUUCAAUCUAAACAAAGUCUUUUAAUACAAUUAGUUCAAUUUAAUAAUUUUUUAUCACAAAAAGCAAUAUCUACUGAUUUGUCUGCAUUAAUUCCAGAUCUUGGUCUUAGUUCUGGAGGUAGUAAACUUUUUCAAUAUAUCCACAAUUCUAAUAUAUUGGAAAUCUCACUACUAUUAUUACAAUGGCCUUAUUUUAUGCCAGAUUUAUCAAUACCCAGAUAUUUAAAUUUUGGAUAUUUAUGGUAUUCAGUGACAAAAAUUAUAUCAGUUUUACUCACCAAUGAGAGAUGCUUGGAUGUAAGCAUUUUCUAUCAAGGUGAACAUGAUGAAUUUGACCAAUAUGUACGGAAAUUCCUCCUGGAUUCAAAGUUUAUGGAUCAAUGGCUAACAUGGUCUAAAACACCAAAUGUCUUUCAAUCAAUUUUAGCUAUUGAGAUCACAGGUCGAAUAUAUAAAGAUUAUUUAUCAAUCAAUCAUAAUCAACCAGAUUCUAAUUUACCAGGAAUAUUUCUUACACAUAAAGAAUUAUUUUACCAGUGGAUAUUUCAACUAAUCUGUCCCGGAUUCGAUUAUGCUAAUAUUAUAACGCAUAAUAAUGUUCUACUACAAAGUAUAGAAGAAUGUGAUGUAAUUCGUACAGCUUUAAAAUUAUCACCAACAUUUAGAUGGUUUAUGGAAUGCUCAUGAAAAGAACUCAACAACAACAACAACAACAAAACUUAUUUUUAUAUAUUCAUUAAAAAUCUAAAGCUUCAAUGGAUGGAUGGAUGGGUAUCUAACCAGAACAGAAAUUGUGAAUAAUAACUCUAGUAAAAAGAAAAAUAUCAUAAUAUUAUCUAGUUUAUCAUGAUUCUGAUUUGAAGAAAGUUUCUAUUAUCAAUUUAAUUGAUCAUAGACUUGUAAGGAAUAUGAUAUUUAAAAAAAAACCAGGAGAUGAUAAUGAUUUAAAGUGCAAGCAUCCUUGAAUCAUUCAAUUCAAUAUUAUUGAUUAAUUGGAUUAGAUCAUAAUUGAUUUUUUUUAUUUUUGGAACUGAAAUUCAAUCAGUUUACCAUGAUAUAAUCAAUAAAAUCUUCUCAAUUGGAUUUAAUUGAACAAUGUUAAAAUAAAGUCUUGAUUUUCUUAAAGUUUGUCUUUAUGAAAGAGUAAAUAUAUGUGAAAAAAUCCGCUAAUCAUAUCACAUGCAUAUAUCAUAUAUCUUGUAACCAACUGAAAGCAAUCCAAUCUAAGGCUUUGUAAAUUUAUUUUAAAAAUUUCAUAUACAAGUCUACCAAACAGAAUCAAUUCAAUAGUUCAUUUUCUUCUUGAACAAACAAACAAUAAGCUGCUAACUACUUGGAACUUAAAAAUUAGAAUAUUCUAUAUUUUAAUGUGUAAAUCAGUAGUAUAAAAAAAGUAUCACUUCUUCUCAGACAAAUUCCUUGCAUAAUGAUUUCAUUUAUGUCUAUUAGUAUCACAAUAGAAAGAACAUUGUAUACAUGGAAACGAAAACAAAGAAUUCGUUACAUAUUAAUAAAAACAAAAAAAAAUUCGUCUAUUGUAUUAAAUAUAUGUGAUGAGGAAUGUAUGCAUAUUCUUUUACUGUCUGUUCUGUCUCAAGAUAGUUUAUAGUAAUUCCAAAUGAUGUACAAUAGAAAGAUUCUUCUUACAAAAUUAACAUUAAUCCCCUAAACACCAUUGAAGAGAGAAAACUAAAAUAAAGAGAUCGAUUUAAUAUGAUUAGUCGGGGUUGUAAUAGAACAACUCUAACAUUUUGACAUAUAGUAAAUAUAGCAAACUAAAUACGAAAACAACCAACUGCUUAGCAUAGAGAUAUUGUCAACAUCAGAACUUCCACUUCAGUAAACUUUAUAUUGAAAUCAUUCGGUAAUUCUGAAGUUAAUUAUCAAUUGGAGUUCAGUAGAAAAGUAUAAAUAGAUGAGUUUUUAGGCUUUGGAGAUGCUCAAUUUGUUAACGUUUAAUAAAUAAAGUUUAUAGGUGGUGAACGACUAAUUUUACGAUCAUAUCUGGUGACUUAUAUGUUGAAAAGUAUCAAAAUGAAUGGAAAUAAUGUAGUAUUAAUUAUUAUGAGAAAGACUAAACAAUAAAAAUAUGGUUCGAAAAGAUGGAAUGAAAAGGCAGGUAUUGAGGAAUACUGCAACUCAAGAUAAAGGGUUAAGGCAUUUGCCCCAAUAAGACCGAUUAUGAGUCAUGUCACAUAACCUCCAAACUACUAAUCGCAGUAAUGUUAUAUUGAGCAGAAAAAUCUAGAACAUAACGGAAAGUGAGUUCCUCAUUCCUUCCACUGUUGAUGAUAUGAAACCCAUAGGAAGGUUAGUAGGUGCUGCUUCGAUGUGUGGUGGAUUCAGUGGGGUUAGUCUAUUCAACAGUCCAGUCCUCCAAAGUCCUCUACCCACCUGUUCCACUGUUCUUCAAUCUUAGUGAUUCUCUUGCCUUCUGUGUUCUUGACUAGUUUCUAUGGUCUACUAUAGUUCCCUGUUAAUUUCUUCGUCGUAUCAUAUAGUCGUCUCAAAUUGUCUUCUCUUGCAGCUUUCUCCAAUGUCAUUGCUAGGUGUUCCACGUAUUCCCACUCGUCGGUUCUAGUGCUUCUCUUCACUCGUUUGUUUGCUUCUGUGUAUUCGGUCUGUGCAUCGGCUUUUCUGCUCUUGUUCGACUGUUGUUAAUUGAGGUUUUCUUGUUCCUCCUUUCUUGAAUCUUGUACAGGAAUUCGAUAAAGAUCCAUUUCUGACGAUGUUUCUCGCAGUCCAGCACCUAAUGCACAUUGUAACUGGAGCCUAUUUGAUUCAUCUCCAAUUGUUCUGCAUAGAAAUUUCCUCUUUAAAUAGAUCAUGUAAAUCUUCUUUUCAGAAAUUUAAAACAAUUAGUCCCUUCUCAUUGCAUUAUCGAAGAGCAUGUAAGGCUUGAAACUUUGUUGCUGAAAGCUAUCUUGGAUUGGUUAAGUUUUUUAUUAUCUCGAAGGAACAUUGCAUUGAAGUUUUGAAACGCUGUUUGUCUAGUGCUUCUUUAGCUUCAGUUUCGUCUUGGCAAUCAUCAGGUGGUGAUCUGAAGUUGUAUCAGCUCCUUUCUUUGUUCUCACAUCUAUUGACCUUUUGAAUUUUUUGGUCAUUCAAAUAUGAUCGAUUUGGUUCUCUAUAGUGUGAUCCGGUGAGACCCAUGUAGAUUUGUCUGCGUUUGUUUGAGAAUAUAUUGCUACCUACAACCAUUUCGUUGAAGGCAUAUACAUUUGGAAAGCUCUCACCAUUCUCGUUCCCUUCACAUAGCCAGUCCAUGUCUUCGCAUGAUAUCUUCUCACCCAGUGCUGUCCAUUCCGACUUUGGCGUUUAGAUUCUCCAUCAGAAUGGCCAGGUCCUUUCCUGGGGCUUCUAUAUGAUCAAUUGCAGAAUCUCAAAAAACAUAUCUUUAUUGUCUUCAUUUCUAUCAUCAGUAAUUGCAUAGCACUGAAGGAUGCCUUGAUGAUAAUGGAUGCAUGAGAUUCCUAUCCUGUAAGUGCUUUCCGUGCUUCUUUAGGUAGGAUCAGUGCAACCCGUUGUGUAUGCUUAGCAUUUUCUUUUUUAUGAUCAGUGAGUGACAGCAUCUCUCCCGAAUCUAAUCUUUAGUGUCCAGUUUGGGUCAAAUGCGUUGCACUUAUUUCGACAACAGUCAAGUUUCUUGUUUAUGUUGCCUGCUUAUCAGGUGCUUGUACGCGUUUCGAGUCACGAAUGAAUAUGGUACACCAGAAUCGUUAUCUGCCUAAUUUGUUCGCGUUCCGUCUGGCUAUCAAAGUAGAAGGGGGAAAUUUAUCGUGUAUUGUAAGGUGUGUAAGUAUUUAUCUCGAUUGUCAUCCCACGGUCACUGGUUGUACAAAAAUAUAAGCGAAAUAGGUUAAUGACAGACAGAAUAUUUAUCUCCUCCGACAAUCAGAAAGCAAAUCACAUGGAGUCAAGUAAUUUUCUUCAUAAAAUCAUAUUAUGAUAGUACACGCAAUCCAGUGAUAUGAAGAUACAUAGAACUGAUGUUCUGUAUUCCAAAAACCGACAACUCAACUACCAAUCAAUCACUUUACACUAAACAGUAUACAAACUAUUAGUUAUACAACAUAAGUGAAGGCUAUUUAUAAGCUAAAUCGCAUACACUCAACAGAAUUAAACUACUGAUAAUCUUAACAAGCAAACUUAAUCACAAUCAUUUGCCUACACGUUUUAUAAGUUUAGUGAAAAUAAGUUCGAUCAAAGCUUGACAAUAAUCUCAUGUAAUAAUGUAUCAAGAAAACCGAUAUAAUUAAUUUCACGAUAAAAGACUAUUUUAUCCAUAUAUUAUGCUGUAGUGAACGAGAACACAAGUGUAUUCGACUACAAAAUUACAGAAUCUCUUAAUAGAAUCUGAGAACCAUACAGUAAAUA